CGGUCGCUCCCUCGAGAAAUACACUAGAAGUUACCCCAAAAAUUACUCGAGCGAAUAUUUUUGGGGCGUCAUUUGCCCUUUCGGAAUUUCUACACAAUCUUCGAAUCCCACUGGAGCGCUGUACGGGGGUACUAUGCAUUGGGUCGAAGAAUUUUGGCAAUGCAUCUUGGUGAAGCUGUUAGUCAAUCAUUCCGGGCAAUCAGCACAGAGCCCUCCGAUAUGGUAUGUCAUGCUAUCACUCUCGCUAGUCUAUCCAAAGAACCUAUUUCGCAUACCGGUAUUGCGUUGGCACGUCGAUAAUCCCUCUUAAAGCUUUGACCUCUCUCCUGUCCCCUGUCAGACAGCCGUGGUUCGCUUGCGUCUCGAUUAAAACAGGGUUGAUCACCUGAACAACUGAGAACCGGAGAGAGGAUCAAGAUCCCAGAGCCACAGUCGCUUCUCAUCUAUGUUGUGCCCUUGGGCCAAAGCAUUUGCCAGUUGUAUUUCUCACAUUUUGUUUGGAUUUACCGCCCCCAGCCCUUCACCCUACCAUGAUCGUUAUUGCGGAGCAGAACAAAUGGGGUCGGGUCGGACAAGGGCCGGACAAGGAACAGAGUUGCUGGUUGAUUGAAACGGAAAGUUCGUGAGAGAGAGAAACAAAACCACGGGCAAGUGAAGAGCGGAAUCGUGGGUGAGGAACCUACGGUAUUGGGAUAACUACAACCUACAUAGUUUGACUCUUUGCCUAGUCGCUUGCGAUCGCAACUUGUUAUCGUAUCAAUGUUAUUUUGAAACCAAAGUAUGAUAUCGCAGCAAGCGAGCAAGAAGGCUGGGCAAGGUCUGGGGCUACGGUACGGUAAAGUAUCAUCAUAUUAGCCGAUUGGUCGGCUCAUGAUUUGGGUCGAAGACCCCGGCGAAGCAGUCUUUGAUCUCGCCCUCAAAAAUUCUUCGAAGUAUGAUACCGGUGCAUUCACACCGAUUUUGGGUUUUUGACGUUGUUGCGACUAGAGAGUCUGGGUACAAAGAACGAAAGUCAAGUUUAUUCAGCAAGAGACAAAACACCCGGUGAUACCGACGUUUCUCCCUGGACAAGUAAGCCCUUAUCAGGCCUGGCUUUGCCGGAUUCAAUCCACCUCAGCCUGAAAAUCACUACGGUAUAUACAAAUGCCGGUAUACAAGCUUGGACUGGAAGAAACCGGUGGGCAGUCUAAUAUUUUAACUCCACAUCUGCAAAAGCCCCUACCGCAAGCCCCAUCUACCGGGUAUCCCGAGUGACAUGCCGGUAGGUUACAUUGGAUAUUCCCGGGAUGUGGAGACAAUGAAUCUUGGACCUAAGAUAUUUUCAUAAUGCAGGUUUAGUGCUUGAAUACUGCAAUAAUAUUGAAAGUAAUACCGGCUAGGAAAUUACGAGCGACGAGAUUGCUGGUGAGGUUGAGAAUACUCGGCACCGACAUCGGAGGACGAAGAAGGGAAAGGAAGGUGACCGGAGCCGCUAAAAAUUUUGGCCGGGGAUAUGGGCAAGUGGACCUUCCCAGCAUCGUGUGGGCAUGCAAAAAUGCCCAGCCCCUACGCAGAAGAACUGAAGAUCGGUAAUUUCGAUAUUAGUUUGAUAACCUCGAUCAAGCUUAAAUUGUCUCUUUGCAGCCGCGCGAGGGUGUAUAUCGGUUCCCAGGUUCCAGGGAAUAGGGGCGAUAAGUCGGGACAGACUCAGCCAAAUACUGAUCCUUUCUGCAGCGCACCCGCUCACCCCAUCUCUCUCCUGAUUGGUGAUGAGCCGAUGUACGGAACUAGAUUGGUUCCGGCAGGCCCCAAGUAA